AUGGAGUCUCAACGGCCUACAACACCCGAAAGCGCUAAAUCAAAUGUGCAUUCAGCAAAUACGGGGAGCUCCUCUCCCCAUGCUACGGUCACACCUGAUGCGCCACCAGUCGACGACACAUACCAGCCACAGUCGGCCAUGAAGGUCUUCCUGCUGCUCGCCUCGGUCUUUCUGAGCAUCUUCCUCGUUGCCCUUGACAGACUCAUCAUCUCAACAGCCAUUCCUCAAAUAACAGACGAAUUCCACUCUCUGCCUGACGUUGGAUGGUACGGAAGCGCGUACACAUUGACGUGCUGCUCGUUCCAGCUGCUGUUUGGAAAACUCUACACCUUCUACUCAGUCAAAGGUGUCAUGCUCACAAGCGUCCUGCUAUUCGAACUUGGCUCCGCCAUCUGCGGCGCCGCCCCUUCAUCGGCAGCCUUCAUCAUCGGAAGAGCAAUCGCCGGCAUUGGCGCCGCUGGAAUCUUCGCUGGAUGCAUCGUAAGCAUCGUGUACGUUGUCCCCCUGGACAAACGUCCGCAGUUUCAAGGCAUGUUUGGCGCCCUGUUCGGCAUCGCUUCUAUCGUGGGCCCGUUGAUUGGCGGCGCCUUCACAUCCUCCAGUGCCACGUGGAGAUGGUGCUUCUACAUCAACCUACCCUUCGGCGCCGUGGCAAUGGCCGUCAUUGCCUUCUGCCUCAAAGUCCCUGACAGAGACACCACCAAGCUUCCCUGGACACAGAAGCUGGCUCAGCUCGAUAUUCUCGGUACUACGGUUCUGAUCCCCGGUGUCAUCUGCUUUCUGCUCGCACUGCAGUGGGGCGGCAAUACCUAUGCUUGGAGCAACGGCCGAAUUGUAGCACUAUUGACUCUUGGGGGCAUUCUUCUUCUCGCCUUCGUCGCCAUCCAGAUCCUCCUCCCCAAGACCGCCACCAUCCCCCCACGCAUCUUCAAGCAACGCAGCAUCGUCGCCGGCUGCUGGGCCACCGUCUGCAUCGGCUCAUCCCAAUACAUCUUCGUCUACUUCCUCCCCCUCUGGUUCCAAACCAUCAAAUCCUCCUCCGCCGUCCAAUCCGGCAUCCAACUCCUCCCGCUCCUCCUCUCCAUGGUCCUCGCCUCCAUCCUCGGCGGCAUAACCAACACGCGCAUCGGCUAUUACACGCCCCUCGCCAUCGCCGGCUCCAGCAUCAUGGCCGUCGGCGCCGGCCUGCUGACCACCUUCCACCCGAGCACCACCGAAGGCGCGUGGAUAGGCUACCAAGUCCUCUACGGCUUCGGCAUGGGGCUGUGCUUCCAAGCGCCGAACCUCGCCGCGCAGACCGUGCUGCCGACGCCCGACGUCCCCAUCGGCACGAGCCUGAUGUUCUUCAGCCAGCUGUUCGGCGCGGCGAUAUUCGUGUCGGUGGGCCAGAACGUCAUGGACAACGAGCUGGUGCGGCGGAUGAGGGCGCUGGUGCCGGGUUUCGAGGCGAGCAGCGUGACGCAGGGGGGCGCGACGGAGGUGCUGGCGGGCUUGCCGGCGGAGCUGAGGCAGGCCGGGCGCGUGGCGUAUAAUGAGGCGUUACGGAAAGUGUUUGUGAUUGGGUUGGUGCUGGCGUGUCUGACUGUGCUCGGGACGGCGGCGCUGGAGUGGAGGAGCGUGCUGAAGAGGGCGGAGGAGGAGAGGAGGAGGGGGAAGGGAGAGGGGGUGGUGGCGGCGGAUGCGGAUCCGGAUGCGGAUCCGGAGAAGGCGAAGGGUGAGAGUAACGCGUGA